AUGGCGGCAUAUACACCCGUCGAGGCCAUCGAGCUCGCCUCCCGCACGGGAGCGAAAAAGGGCUACAUGCGACCCGAGGCCGUCUUUCUCUCAGCCAUCUCCGCAGGUUGUCUGCUCAGCUUCGCUUCAGCGAGUUUUCUCAUCAUCACCACUUCGCCACAGCUGCAAGAGGAUGCACCAGGCUUACUGAAAAUGCUCGGCGCGCUGAUCUUCCCGUUCGGCCUGGUGAUCAUCACGAUUACCGGCGCAGAUCUAUGUACGGCUUCGUUCAUGUAUACCACGCUAGCCGUGUUACAUCGCCGUCUGUCCCUCCCACGUAUGCUCCUCCACUGGGUGCUUACGUUCUGGGGCAACCUCGCCGGCGCGCUGAUCGUAGUCAUCCUCAUCUUUGGAGCAGGAGGGGUGUUUGCAAAGGAUCCCUACCGGUCGCACGUGGCCGAAUUUGCAACCGGAAAGCAGGUGACGCCCGAGUUCCACCAGGUCUUUCUCCGCGGCGUGGGUUGCAACUGGCUUGUGGCGCUGGGGCUGUACCUGAGCUUGUUCUCGCGGGACGUCGUCGGCAAAGUGGUCGGGCUGUGGUGGCCCGUCUUUGCGUUUGUCCUGUGCGGCAUGGACCACGUUGUCGCCAACAUGUUCUUCAUGCCCAUGGCGCUGUGGAUCGGCGAGACGCCCGGGCUUACCCUGGGACUGUAUAUCUGGAAGGGCAUCGUGCCGGCGCUCAUUGGCAAUAUUGUUGGCGGGUCGGUGUUUGUGGCUGGGUACUACUGGUUUGUUUAUCUCCGGAAUGGGCAGGACGACGGCAGCGGGGUCUUGGUCGAUGGUGUCGGAUAUCAGGGAACUUCUUCAAAGCGGGUGGGGACUGAUACAUCAUGCUAA